GGCUGAGGAGAAAGUCUCUCAGAGGAAAGGAGGCAAGAAGUGGAGAAUUUAAGGGACGCUCUGAAGAAAUGAUGAGUAAAAUGAAGCGAGAACUUGUGUGUCUAUUUCUGCUUUCUGGCGUAGUCUUCACUUUGUCCAGACAGGAAAGCCACGCCCGAUUCAGAAGAGGAGCCAGAUCUUACAGAGUAACCUGCAGAGAUGAACAAACACAGAUGACGUACCUGCAACAUGAGUCGUGGCUGCGCCCAACGGUCAGAAGCAACCGCGUGGAGUACUGCUGGUGCAACAGCGGCAGGUCGCAGUGCCACUCCGUGCCUGUCAGAAGUUGCAGCGAACCAAGGUGUUUCAAUGGGGGGACAUGUCGGCAGGCUCUCUAUUUCUCAGAUUUUGUCUGCCAGUGCCCUGAAGGAUUUACAGGGAAACGCUGUGAAAUAGACACCAAAGCCACAUGCUACGAGGACCAGGGAGUCACCUACAGGGGCACAUGGAGCACAGUGGAAAGCGGGGCUGAAUGCAUCAACUGGAACAGCAGCGCACUGGCCCUGAAGCCAUACAAUGGGCGGAGGCCGGGCGCUCUCAAGCUGGGCCUCGGGAACCACAACUACUGCAGAAACCCAGACCGAGACUCUAAGCCCUGGUGCUACAUCUUUAAGGCGGGGAAGUACACCUCCGAGUUUUGCAGCACGCCAACCUGUGACAACGAAAACAAGGAUUGCUACUUUGGAAAAGGGUUAGAUUACCAGGGGACCCACAGCCUUACCACAUCUGGUACCACCUGUCUCAAGUGGAAUUCUAUGAUCCUGCUAGGCAAGAUUUACACAGCAUGGAAGAGCAAUGCCCAGGCCCUGGGCCUGGGCAAACACAAUUACUGCCGGAAUCCAGAUGGGGAUGCCAAGCCCUGGUGCCACGUGCUGAAGGACCACGAGCUGACAUGGGAAUACUGUGACAUGCCCCAGUGCUCCGCCUGCGGCCUGAGACAGUACAAGCAGCCUCAGUUUCGCAUUAAAGGAGGACUCUACACGGACAUCACCUCUCAUCCCUGGCAGGCGGCCAUCUUUGCCAAGAACAGGAGGUCACCAGGAGAGAGGUUUCUGUGUGGGGGAACGCUGAUCAAUUCCUGCUGGGUCGUGUCUGCUGCCCACUGCUUCCAGGAGAGGUUUCCUACCCACCACCUUAAGGUGGUCUUGGGCAGAACAUACCGGUUGGUCUCUGGAGAGGAGGAGCAGAAAUUUGAAGUUGAAAAAUACGUUGUCCAUAAGGAAUUUGAUGACAACACUUACAACAAUGACAUUGCACUGCUGCAGCUGAAAUCUGAUUCAUUACACUGUGCUCAGGAGAGCAACACAGUGCGCCCCGCCUGCCUCCCCGAGGCCGGCCUGCAGCUGCCUGACUGGACUGAAUGUGAGCUUUCUGGCUACGGCAAGCACGAGGCGACUUCUCCUUUCUAUUCUGAGCGCCUGAAGGAGGGUCAUGUCCGACUAUACCCAUCCAGCCGCUGCACGUCAGAGCAUAUGUUCAAUAAAACCAUUACAAACAAUAUGUUGUGUGCUGGAGACACUCGCAGUGGGGGAAACGAAGCAAACGUGCAUGACGCCUGCCAGGGUGAUUCAGGAGGCCCUUUGGUGUGUAUGAAGGACAACCGCAUGACUUUGGUUGGCAUCAUCAGUUGGGGCCUUGGCUGUGGGCAGAAAGACGUUCCAGGUGUAUAUACCAAGGUUACUAAUUACAUAGACUGGAUUCAAGACAAUAUGCGGCCAUGACCAGGGAAACCCAACUCUGAAAUCAGCUGGUAUCCUGCCUUCUUCUUCAGAAGACACACGGCAAAGAUGGAGUGAUUCUUUAUGAAGAUUUCUCCAUAAACCAUCACACAGUAGAAGCUGGAGAACUGGCAAGACAGGAAAGAGUAUAUCAUUUCACAGGUACUUCCCAUUUUGGAAGUGUUCAGGGGUCACGGUCUGGUUUCAGAAUGUAUUUGCCAGAUGGGAAGACAGAUAAAUGAAUGCCAGCUCCUCCAGAAAUACCACCAUCUGGAGUAGAAAGAGAUGUAGAACAAAAACCCAACCUCUUUAAUCUGUCAACAUGAGCAGCUUUGGAAAUGGGGCCACCAAGAUAAAAGCAUGUCUCAAUAAUGAAGAAUAGCUAGAUUCUUCAAGAAAGAAGAAUUGCAUUAGAAAUAGAAUGUGUAUAUAUAAUAUAUACAUAGUCACUAGAAAGCCUAACAGGGCCUCCAAAUAAGGGAUGGCUGGCCAGCCAGACUGGGGUGUGUUUCUCCAGGAAACUUUCGGAUCUCCACCAUCUUUUGAAUCAAGUAUUCGUCCCCCUUUCUCUACUCCACAACUCUCGUAAGGUAUUCCUUACUUUUGUGUAUGGUGUAAAUCUUUUUUCUUUAUAAACUUUACAAUAGAACAGGAGAAUUGUAUCAUUUUAAUAAUCGAUAAAUGAGGCUUUAGAUAACUAUCAAUCCAUUUUAGUUUUUAUUUUCUGUUGCCACAAUCUUGUACUAUACUGUAGUAAAAUAAUAAAUUUUUUUAAAUAAAUAUAUUUUUCACAUUUGUUUUUUCCAAAUUAGAGUGGGAUGGGUUUGUUACACACACAAUAUCCCACAACCUUGUUUACUGAUGUUAUUCAUGUUUACAUUUUCAAUCAUCUGACAUACUUCCAUUUCAACACUUAAUGAAUACUUGCUGCAUGCAAAACAAUGUGCUACAUGCUGUGGACAGUAAAAAGAGAGGAGAGGAGUUCUUGGUUUCACAAGGAAAUAAGAUAUUUAGAGAAAUAACAA